GGUAGGGAGCAGAUCUGGCAAUGAGAAAUGGGUUGUAUUAUUAUGAAAGUUGUAUUAUGAAAGUCCUGGAGCAUUAUGUCAGUAAUAUCUCAGGAUAUUGAAUAGGUCAUCUUUACUCAAAAGACAUGCAUUGCAUCCGUCAUUAUAUGACUAUAAUGUUUCUAACAUUUUCAAGAACACAGACACACUGAUUAACAGUAUCAUAUUAUUACACCGCUUUGAUUGAUGCCUAAAUCAGUUUGGCUCACUCGCUAUUUUCCAACUUGGACAUUUGUCGAUAUACUGUGUCUAAGAAACCACACCAUCCAACAGUGCGGGGCGGUAUAAUAUCAAUGAGUGCGUGCUGAGGGUGAGUUUGGAAGAACGUGCGCGAAAGUCCUUUAAUAAAUAAAGAACCUGGCCUCUGCUAUAGGUUUGCGUCUUGGAAUGUGUGACUAGUUAACAUUAUUUGUACUUAUUAUUUUAUGAAAAGUAGCUAGUUUGCUAUUGAUCCAAAGCAAAGAACUGAGAACCCCACAACAAAAGUUUAAUGUCCAGGAUCUUUACGUUGUUUAAUUUGUAGAUAUUAGAAAACGGCCCUGUGUUUGGAAAAUGUCUUCGGGCUGUCAGAAAACCACUACUAGCAAGUCCAUUCCGACCAGAUGGGUGACUAUAAACGACGCGGCGCACAUGCCCCACGAAUACUCCACAACUCCCGGAGGAACUCCGUUCAGCAUAACUCCUGGAGGUACAAGAAUUAUCUACGACCGGCAGUUCCUGCUGGAGUGCCGCACUUCCCCGCUGGCCAGGACUCCGCCGUACUCUCUCCCUGACAUUCCAGGGGUCACCAGCCCACCCUCAAAACACAUCAUCAAUGUAAAGGCCCAUAAUGGAGAACCACUGUACAACAACAUCACGGUACCUGCUGACAGGAGUGCUGGGGAUGAUGCACAGUUUGAAAUGGACAUCUAACUGGUGGUGAAAUGAGCAUUCUAGAGGGAUGUGAAACAACUUCACAUACUACCAUGAUGCUAAAGAAGAGGCCCAGCCAAUCCCCUGUCCAGACUCACUACAAUAUUGUCACCCUGUGUUUACAGAUGUGUCCAUUAGUUGAUGUGUGUUAACUUUCAAUACCAGUGGUGUUGUUACUGUGAACUGCUCAAAGGUAGUCUGUUGCCUUUCUCUUGUGAACCCAGCGACAACACUGAAAAAGACUGCCCCAGAGGAGUGGCGUGGAGGUAACGAUUCAAUACAAUUGUUUUCAUUCUUUAAAAUUAUUUUGACACUCAAAUCACCCUAAUCAUGGGCUACCCACCCUUCACCUCUCUUCAAAUACUGUCUUCAAAAAAACUUUUCAUUUUUACAGAUAGUCAUACAAAGGAAUGUUUUUGUCACCUUUUAAGUUUUGAGACAAAAUAAAUACAUUUUCACAUGGUAUGUAGGAAGAAGAAAUAAAGCAAAGAGAACGUA